CUUUAUUUCCAAUAUGGCAUCAAAUGAGUUACCAAGGGAAUAUGAAGAAUUAAGGAGCGCACCGGAUCUUCCGUUCGGCAAGAACUAUCAUAUAUUUGUUUGUUACACACGUGAAAACUUAAAUGAAGUUUGUAUAAUUGUUGAAAAUUUGGAGAAGGAGGGAUACAGGUGUUGCUAUUAUGAAAGGGAUUUUACAGCUGGGCAGUCAGUACUUGAAAACACGGACCAGGCGAUGAACAAAAGUCUUCAUAUGCUAGUUAUUCUCUCAGAAGAUUUGUCAACCCAACCGUUUGUUAUUCAUGAAAUUCAAGAAGCUCGACAUAAGAGUAUAAGUGAUGGUUACUCAAUUAUUCCAAUUAAAAUUGAGCCAUGUACGGUCCCGGAAUGUCUGAAAUCGAUAACGUGGAUUGAGGCUUCUGACGAUGAUGUCAAUUGUAUGCAUGACAAAAUCAUCGACGCCGUUGUUCGGAAUGAUAUAGCGUCGGGACUUAAGUAUCCAAGCAAUGGAGAAACAAGCUUUUUCUUCUGCAAUCCUGGUAAAACGUUUGCAAUGUCACUCCCCAGAUUUCGUUUGGAAAUCGAUCCUAUGAAGCUUUUGCAAAACGAACUGCAGCUUACGAUGGAGGAUAAAAAUGAUAUAGAAACCAUAUUAAAUGGUUCUUUUCUGAUGAAGAACAUGCAUAUUAUCGUCUACUUUACUCGAAUAACACUUCUCGUGUGUGCAUCAUCUAUACCUCUGAUUAUAGCAGUUUUGAUGCUGUUGAUGGUAACCACAUUGGGCAGAAAUGCGGAAGAUGCUGCUAGAGGCUCUGCAGUGGUUUUUUACACGUUCAUUUGCAGUGUUCUGCUAAUGUUGGCAUUGCCCCUUGCAUUUGGAGCUUGCAAAAAGUUCGGAGGUUUUGAAAACGUUAUUAAAAAGGGAAAGGAGGCGAUACAAAGACGACUAUGGAAAAUCAAUCGACGAUACAAGACGUCUCAUUUGUUUGUGUUAUUUCAACACAACACACGGUGUAUUAAAAUCAUCAAAUACAACACCAAACCUUGUAGGACGUAUUUACUAAGGCGCUGUGAAAAGAAUGAAAAGUUGAAAGACAAACUUGAUGCAAGUCUUCCGAUAGAGGAAGCUAUCGACGUACUCUUUGACAAUUUUCUGAGGAACGACAUUCAAAGUGUUGACCGAAUAGUAUGGCCAACACGGCCAACACGGCAUUUUCUGAAAAACGGAGCACAGUGCUUAUGUAUGCAAAUAGAACAAUAUUUAUCUCACUAAAGCAUCAAGUCAAAGUAUACGUUCAGCAGUAGGAAGAGUUCUCGUAUAUGUUGUAGUUGGUGACAAUAUAUAUGAGCUGCUGGGGUAGACGUUGUCACGUGUAAACCGCUUUUGGAUAUAGUAACCAUUGAUACGCGCCAAACGGUAACCAUGUGUUGAUUUUCAAUAUAGUUUUUCGGAAAUUAAAAUAAGAACAUAAUUCAAACAAAUAAUUUUUCAUAAAAGAUUAACAACUAUUUACUUUGUACGUGUUACAAACAGCUGAAAACAAGUAUUUUCACGAUUUUAAUAGUAUGUAAAAUGUAAACGUAAUAUGUGUUUCUAGUGUUAUGCUUUGUGUUAGGUCAUGCUUUUGUUAAAAAUGUUUGUGUUAACUGUAACCAGUUUCAUAAUUUCAGCGUUUCAGGUGUUUUUACAUCUGCUAUUUGAAAUAUGCAACUGUGUCUGUAACUUUUUGUCAAUAGCAACAAAUUAAACUGUUGCUAAUUUACUGUUUUACUGUUUUAUUGUUUCUUUGUAUUUUUUUAGCAGCCUGUCAAAUGUUUUGAUACAGAACUAUUUCAAGUCCGAAGUAAUUAGUUUGAGCUGAAUUGUCCGUCUUUUUGAAGUAUUUUCUGUUUUUCUAUUGGCUAAAUUUAUGUAAUGCAUGACCGGGUCUCACAUUAUAAGGAAUCUGAUUUGUCGGAGCUCGGAAUUGUCGCAAAUUGUGUUGUCUUUGGACAAAAGUGUUACUCAUGCAAGCCAUACACGUGUCACAGCUCUUGUUGGAUGAUACAUCUAGUAAAUAUAAGCUGCACAUACUGUAAACACAAUACAUAUGGUAUUAAAGAGUACUUACUGUCUUGGUGCAACGAACAGCUCGCGCAUAUCGGAAGUUAAUAUAUGAAUUGCCCUGCGUGUCUGAAAACCGAACCGGGUGUAGACAUAGUAAAAUGACAUGACCGACAAUACGAUAUGAUUUUGUUACAUCUAACCUUUGACACACUUGUAAGACGCUUACACGGAGAUGACAGUCGCAACUGGCACUUUGACGUCUGUCCAGCCUGAUUACAAACUCGCGCAACUAAAUGAUCGUGUACUGAUUACAUAAUUAAUUCGAAUUUUAUCAUUUUCAAGCAUUUAAAAACAAAUCUGAAAUAUUUAAAGAGUAUUGACGAAAUUGUUAUGUUCUUUUAUUUGAUUUGUAAGGGUAAAUUCGUUGGUGUGUAUUAAAAGGAAACCUUUCCUUUUCAUUUCGCUUUUUUUUUGCAUUUUAAGUUGUUGUUUUUUUACUUUCUGUGAAUUUCACCAUUCAACCCAUAUGAGAUCUUUAAAACAUUGACAAAACUGCGUUUCCUAACAUUUUUAGAAGAAAAACUUUAUUAAUGCAAUAAAUAGGCAUGUAUAUAAGUUAAGGACACUGCAGCACUUGGUGUUUUUGCAUAAAAUGAAUUCAUAUUAUUCGUGUAUUUAUGAUGUGUUUGUGGUGUAAGUAUUUGUGUGUGUGGUGUAAGUUUGUUUUUGGUGUUUUUUGUGUAUGUGGGAUAAAUAUGUUUUUGUUUAUAGCACAUUGUCGAUUUGGCCCUUGCCUUGUGCCCAUAAACAGGGUUUAUUUUUGAAUUUCGACUACUGGGCUUGUACCUGUAUUUUUCGUUGUAUAAUUGUAAGUUUAUAUCAGUUGUAUCAUUUAAUACCUUUGUAUGUUUUAUCUUUCUGUUUGUUUGAUUUUUGUUAGAAUUUUAGUUUUAUUAAGUUUGGAAUCGAACAGAUCACAUUAUUAGAUGAAAGCUAUUAAAAAUAAAGCUACCAUACUCAAACAAUCGAUUAUUGUCUUCAUGAUUAUUUUCAACGCAAACUUUAUAAAAAUUUUAGAUCACCGAAUAUAUAAUGAUACCUUUUCAGACUUACAAGUCAUUCAUAAGCGCCCGUCGUUGUCGACUGAAUAUGAUUCAUUGGUUCGGUCAUUAAAGAGACACAUUAAAACAAUAUAUAACUCCUAUACAGUCUAAACCUUUCCGGAGGAAAAAGGUCACUCAUAUGCGACAUUGAACGUAAUUAAACAUCGUCUCCAUACAUUCUGCGCAUGUCGCUUCGCAACUGCACGAUCAGUAUAACCAUCUGUCGUACAUUUCAUAUCGCAUAAAUUUAAUGUUCUACGUUCUUUAUGACUUGUAAAUAUCGCUUGCCAUGUUGAAUCCCGGCUCAAUCGUAUUCAAGAAAAUCCAUUGGCUCGAAUAAACGGAACUGCAGAAAUUACAUAAAACGUGAGAGGAUCGUGUCUACAGUCCAACAGUUAACUUAUGCGUAUGGCAUUUUGCAGUUCUAAAUAAGGCUUCGCAUUUUUCUGGAUAAGGAUCUAAAUUAAAUCUGAACAGCACGAACAUUUUUAGAUUUAAGAAAAAGGAGCAGUGUACUAAUGACGUACCUAAAUUUGCGAGGUAAUUUUCAACCCGUAUAUCAACAACAUAUACUAUCGUGAAUCCGCCCUACGG